AUGUCUGAGACUUUCGAGUUCCAGGCUGAGAUUUCUCAGCUCCUCGGUCUUAUCAUCAACACCGUCUACUCCAACAAGGAGAUUUUCCUGCGAGAAUUGGUGUCCAACGCCUCUGACGCCCUUGACAAGAUUCGCUAUGAGGCCCUCUCCGACCCCAGCAAGCUUGACUCGGGUAAGGACCUGCGCAUCGACAUUAUUCCUGACAAGGUGGCCAAGACCCUUACCAUCCGUGAUACCGGUAUUGGUAUGACCAAGGCUGACCUCGUAAACAACCUCGGUACGAUUGCCCGGUCUGGCACCAAGCAGUUCAUGGAGGCCCUAACCGCUGGCGCUGAUAUUUCCAUGAUUGGUCAAUUCGGUGUUGGUUUCUACUCUGCCUACCUUGUUGCCGACCAGGUGCAAGUCAUCUCCAAGCACAACGAUGACGAACAAUAUAUUUGGGAGUCGUCUGCUGGCGGCACUUUCAGUAUUAAGGCCGACACCGAGGGCGAGCAACUUGGCCGUGGUUCCAAGAUGAUUCUGCACCUCAAGGAUGAGCAAAUGGAGUACCUGAACGAGAGCAAGAUCAAGGAGGUCAUCAAGAAGCAUUCCGAGUUCAUCUCGUACCCUAUUUACCUCCACGUCCAGAAGGAGACAGAGAAGGAGGUGCCCGAUGAGGAUGCUGAAGAGGUCGAGGAGACCGAAGGUGACGACAAGAAGCCCAAGAUCGAGGAGGUUGACGACGACGAAGAGGAGAAGGAGAAGAAGAAGAAGACAAAGAAGAUCAAGGAGACCUCCAUUGAGGAGGAGGAGCUCAACAAACAGAAGCCUAUCUGGACUCGCAAUCCUCAAGACAUUUCCCAAGAGGAGUACGCUGCCUUCUACAAGUCGCUGUCCAACGACUGGGAGGACCACCUCGGCGUCAAGCACUUCUCUGUCGAGGGUCAACUUGAGUUCCGCGCUAUCCUAUUCGUCCCCAAGCGAGCUCCCUUCGACCUGUUCGAGACCAAGAAGACGAAGAACAACAUCAAGCUCUAUGUCCGCCGUGUCUUCAUUACCGAUGAUGCUACCGAUCUCAUUCCUGAGUGGCUCAGCUUCGUCAAGGGUGUUGUCGAUUCUGAGGAUCUUCCUUUGAACUUGUCCCGUGAGACUCUACAGCAAAACAAGAUCAUGAAGGUCAUCAAGAAGAACAUCGUCAAGAAGGCCCUCGAGUUGUUCAACGAGAUCGCCGAGGAUAAGGAGCAGUUCGACAAGUUCUACAGUGCUUUCUCCAAGAACCUGAAGCUCGGUAUCCACGAGGACUCCCAGAACCGCGCGACGCUCGCCAAGCUGCUGCGCUUCAGUUCCACCAAGUCUGGUGACGAGCAGACCUCGCUCACCGAUUACGUGACCCGUAUGGCCGAGCACCAGAAGAACAUUUACUACAUCACUGGCGAGUCCCUCAAAGCCGUUCAGAAGUCACCAUUCCUAGACGCCCUCAAGGAAAAGAACUUUGAGGUUCUUUUCCUUGUCGACCCGAUUGACGAGUACGCCAUGACUCAGCUCAAGGAGUUCGAGGGCAAGAAGCUCGUUGAUAUUACCAAGGACUUCGAGCUCGAGGAGACUGAAGAGGAGAAGAAGUUGCGUGAGGCCGAGGAGAAGGAGUUUGAGGACCUUGCUAAGGCCCUGAAGAACGUCCUCGGCGAGAAGGUCGAGAAGGUUGUCGUCAGCCACAAGCUUGUUGGAUCACCUUGCGCUAUCCGAACUGGCCAAUUCGGCUGGUCUGCCAACAUGGAACGUAUCAUGAAGGCCCAGGCUCUGCGUGACACCUCGAUGAGUUCGUAUAUGAGCUCAAAGAAGACAUUCGAGAUCUCGCCCAAGUCAGCCAUCAUUAAGGAGCUGAAGAAGAAGGUCGAGACGGACGGUGAGAACGACCGCACCGUCAAGUCUAUCGUCCAACUUCUUUUCGAGACGUCGCUGCUAGUUUCUGGAUUCACGAUUGACGAGCCGGCCGGCUUUGCUGAGCGCAUUCACAAGCUCGUCUCCCUGGGCCUGAACCUGGAUGAAGAGCCCGAGGGAGAGGUUGAGGAGGUGCCGGCGACUGCCGAGACUGCAGCCGCCGAGGCCGGUGACAGUGCUAUGGAGGAGGUCGACUAA